AUGACAGAGAACCCAGCAGGACCCGCUUCUCGCUCUUCCCUUCCGCCUUCCCAGCACUUUCCACAGGAGCUCUUGUGGGCCCUGCGCUCCAAGAGAGAGACCAACAAGAGCCCGUGCCCCCAGUCCCACCUCACAGUCCCAGGGAGCCGCCCGAUGGACUGGGGGUCGGAGGCACUCCCUGAGAGACGCGGUGUGGAGCUGUGCAUCUCCAUCCUCCGCACACCUGUCCGUCUGGCCGUGCAGCACCCAGGCUGGAGUGUCCUGCGGAGCCCAGGCCAGGCCUCCGUCCAGCGGCAGCUGGAGCUCGCUGCCCACUUGCCGGGUCUUGGAGACCCUGACGGCUCCCCAGUGGGCCCCAGCCCGGACCCUCACAGCAGCAGCAGCAGCAAUGCCCGUUAUGGGCUGGAGCCUCCUCGCCUCUCCCUGACCUGCAUUUCCUCGGCCCUGCCUCCCACGGGGGUGUUAGGAAAACCCGCCAAUCGCACCCGGUUCUCGCCCGAGAGUUCCCCAGGCCCAACACUCAACCCAGGUGUGGGUGGUGGCCAGGGGCCCACGGGGCGGGGCCAUACUAAGGGCGUGGCCACACUAAGGGUGUGCACAGUGGCCCAUAGGACACUGGUUCCAUGGCACCGAGGCAGGUGGCAGGAGCUGAAGGCCCUGAGGCCAGAGGGGGACGAAGCCGUGGGCAGCCUACCGCCAUCUGCCACCAUCACGCCUGCUGACCCUGAGGGGCUGGAGGCAGGGGUCCCACCCUGCGGCUGCGCUGAGUCAGUGCGGAGAAGCAGGACACAGACCCCAGCUGGGUCGCUGCUGUGUGUGCAGACCUGGCCGGGGCUGGGGCAGGAUGAUGGCCUGCGGAGGAUUGUGGACGUCUCGGAAUGGGAGCUGACUGCCCACCUGCCCAGGCCCACCUAUGCUGGCCCCGCCACCCGUCACCCAGCUCUGGGCUGGCCAGGGGUGCAGGAGGGUUGGUCACUGUCACUGGGCCCGGGGAGCACCUUGGCCUGUCUGCUUGCAGAGCGUGACCGGGGUCUGGGCCCGGAGCGGGACCGGGGUCAGGGCCAGGAGCGGGACCGGGGUCAGGGGUCGGAGCGGGACCGGGGUCAGGGCUCGGAGCGGGACCGGGGUCAGGGGUCGGAGUGGGACCGGGGUCAGGGCUCAGAGUGUGACCGGGGUCAGGACCCAGAGUGUGACCGGUGUCAGGGCUCAGUGUGGGACCGGGUUCAGGGCUCAGAGUGCGCCCGGGUCGGCCCGCGGCAGCCACUCCUCGGUUCCCGGGAGAGGCAGAGAGCUGAGACCCAACUCCUGGUGUUGCUGCUGCGCGGGGCUGGCGCCGGGCUUCCCCCGGUGCGCGCCUUUUCAGAGCGAGAGAUUGGGGAGCGCCGGCAGCCCGGUGGGGGAAGGAGCCCGCCUCUCUCCUCCUCCUUCUCGCCGUCCUCGGCCUCCUCCUCCCCCUCCCCGCGCCGCCCCGCCCCCGGCUCGGCUCGGCUCGCCCCCCCCUCAGGAAGGGGAAAAAAGGCGAGAGGAGCGGGCCAGGAGAGAGGAGCCGAGCGGCGGCGGCGGCGGCCGGAGAGGGAGCGGCGGGCGCGGCGUUGGCGGCGGCCCCGGCGGAACGAGCGUGGAGUCGGCGAGCCGGGAGCACAGGCGGCCGCGCCGCGUACUGGCCGGGCCCGGGCCCGCGCGCCCCGCAUCGCCCGCAGCCCGGGCAUCCGGACCUCCCGGGCGUCCGGGGGGCGCCGGCAGGCGGGGGGAGGGGAGGGGACCUGCGCGCGCCGGCGAGUGCGCUUCCCGGGGGCGUCCCGGCUAGGCCUGGAGCGGGCCGGGGGCGGCGGCGGCAGGAGGAGCCCCCGCUCCGGUCGGGCGCCCGUCUCGGCCGCCGGCGACGCGGGGCGCUCCUGGGGAUUUGCAACUCGCCCGAUCAAGUCUUCGCCAGCGGGGCCGCUGCUGCCGUGGAAGCUCCGAGGUUGGCGCUCCGAGCUCGGCCCCCCCCCCCCACCGCCCCCGCCCCCUGCCUCCUCCGGCGGCGGCGACGGAAUCUGGCAGAGCCAGGGCCGGCUGGGGAAGGCGUUCCCCUUGUGUCCGCGACCCACACGGGCGCUGGCAGGGGUCUCGGGAACCCCAGAGGUGCCCCGCAGCCACACACUGACCCAGCGGCGAGGCCGGGCGCCGGGCACUCCUCGGUCCCCAUUCCCAGCGGGCCGAGGCCGCCGGCCCUCGUCGGCCGCCGCGCAGCUGCCUCGAGGAACUAGCCUGGCCCCGGCUCCCUCCCGGGCAGGUUGGGGCUCUGGGCCCGGCCGGCCGCCCUCUCCCGCUAGUCCCCGCGGCCCCCUGGGCAGGGCACAGCGCGCCUUGGGCCUGCUUCGGGAGGGCACGGCGGAGCUGAAAAUCGCCGCGAAGCUUGGUGGCCGGGAAGGCUUGUCAGAGGAUGCGGCUCUGAGCCCGGGGACCGCUGCCGGACACAAACACACGCCCCCUCCGAGCAGCGGCCGCGCGGGCGGGGUUGGGGGCGAACGGGAGGCCGGGGUCUCUUUUCAUAUCCGGAGGUGGAAUACCGUGUAUUUAGGGUCUGAGGAGGCGGCCAUGGCAUCUCCUAGAGCCUGCAGCUUUCUAUUUCUCGGCGACCCCCGCCGCCGCCGAGGCAGCAAGGGAGGUCGAGGGAGAGAGCCUCCCUCGCCCCCGCAGGCGGCCGCGAAACUCUGCGUCCGGACGCCCGGGUGCCGCCGGGUCCGGCUUUGA